GUUAUCCCCGUUGAUUACCUUGGGAGUGUUGUUGCAUGUCGGUACAAUCUCGGAUGCUGACAUUACUGGACAAUAACGCGACGUCACCAAACUCGAUUCCCUCAGCAGUGAUAAUAAACAUUCUCUCGACAGUGACGUUAUUGUUGAUACGAUACAUUUGAUAGGAAAGUUUGGAAUCGUUGGUUGUCCUCCUUGUCGAUUAGCAUGGGAAUAUUGUUGCAUUAUGGAUACGGUCAUGGAUCGUGACAAUAUUGACAGUUGUGACAAUAGCCGGUGAAGGUUUUGUCCUCAGAUUGCAGUGUAACUGACCUUGGUUUCUCUUGAUUUUCCCUUGACAAUGUACGUUACUGCUGAUGUGAUUCUCGCUGAGAAGGAUAUAGAUUGUGGUUUUAACACAAGGAAUACUUUGGGAUGCUGAAUUGCAAGAUAAUUGGCAUGAUAAUCGCCAUAUUUGCCUUUGCCACGACCGCCGGCUUUUCAUCCUACACGGAGUUCACAGUCCAGUGUACACCUGGCAAGCCGAAUGACACCAAAAGGAUAUCGUUUUCCUACCCUUUUAUGAUCAACCAAUUCUCCCUCAAGCUGCCUCUAUGUGAAGGAGGCAAUGAUACACUCAAGGAAGUUCGCCCGUACGGUACCUAUGCCGCGCCAUCACAGUUCUUUGUUUUCGUUGGCGUUAUCUGUUUCCUCUACUGCAUUGGUGCCGUCGUUCUCUAUGUGUUCUUCGAUGAGGCGUACAGGAAGAACGAGCGAAUCCCACAGGCUGACUUUGUCAUCUCCAUCGUCCUAUCCUUCUUCUGGCUCUGUGGCGCGUCAGCCUGGGCCCACGGUCUCUCCGAGCUGAAGACUUAUACCCAACCUCACGCAUUAGCCCACCAUAUUGAAGAGUGUCAGGUGACACCCAGUCCAUGUAACCUAUAUUACAAUACGGGCAAUUAUGCAGGACUUAAUGUUUCUAUAAUCUUUGGCUUCCUGAACCUAAUCGUCUGGGUGGGUAACCUGUGGUUCCUGUUCAAGGAGACGUCCUGGUUCAUCGUCCGAUCCAAGCCGCCAGGAGACAUAGAGACCAUGCCGCAACAAGUGUGAUGAGCGGGACGCCAUAAAGAUAUCAGGGGAGGAUGCGGGUCAUGCAGCACGUAGACAAGACAACGAAAAUAGAAGCUACUUUGACCGUACAGUACGCACUGAGACGUCUUUGAGGACAGCAGUUAUCAGACUUGAGAAGUCAUUGACAUGUAGCAGAUUUCUCUCAAAUGUUCAGAUCUUUAAGCCGAUGCUGUCCAUGUCAGCCAACACUUUGUAAAAGUCCAAUGAUGUUCGUCAUGACUGGAAUGAUUUUGAAUGAACGUUUUUGAGAGCUUGUGCUCAAGCUUUGAAGCAAAAUGUCCAUUUCCUGCAGUGGACUUACCCCGAGUUAUAGCUUUGCUUCUGCCAAGCUUUCUUGAGGCUCUAUAUGCAGUUACAUGUAGCUUCUUGGUGGGCUUUGCCUGUGCCUUUGACAUCAUCGAUUCAUUUCAACAUGACAAAGAAUAAUUCAGCCUUUGGCAGGAAGGUGAGGGUUGCUGAUAAAGAAGGCUGUUUUUCUUCUUUUCUAUGUGUCUAUACCAGCAACAUUCUUCAGGGUAGUGCGAUCAAGUGGGUUAUGUCUAUGUGUCGUAUGGCCAGAAUUAUACUGGGUAUGCAAAGGGGCAGUAAAACUUGGCCUAGCCCUACAAUUCUUGAGUUUAUGAAACAUGAGAUUGUCUAAGUGUGAACCUAGAUGAUAAUAAUAUCAAGACACAGACUGGUAUUCUUGGUGUGUUGUGCGAGUGAGUGAACUUAGAUGAACAAAAUACCAACAAACAAAGCACUGCUUUUAAUGAUUGAAAUCAUUACUUGGAGAUUUUAGUGGAAUUAGUUUGCAUACCCAGUAGAUUACUCUAGUUUCACCGAUGUGAGACUGUUUGUGAAUAGCCAAGCCAAGUCCUGCUAGAUAUGGUGCAAAGUUUUCUUUGAUGCUAUUCAACAUCUUCGAUUGGGAUCACAGAGUUGAGUCUGGUGGUCAUUACGCUAAGUCCUUUGAGUCAUGUGCUUCAUGAUCAAUGAAAUGAUCUUAUAUCAUUGAAACUAGAGUUCCUCCCGUGAUCCAUACCAAAUGGUAUGCAUAAUAUGCAAAGUAACUAUUGGUGCAGGUGCGCCCCCUCCGGCUUGUGGAGGAACUAUAGGUAUUGUUUAUCAACAUCAAUGAAUGUGCGAUUAUUAUGUUGGAGUCGUUAAAGUAGGGCACUGAAAGUUUAGCAUGCAGUAGAACCUCUCCACUAAGGACACCCUCGGGACUGACAAGUACAAGGUACAAGGUGUCCUGAUUAGAGAGGUCAAAUUGAAUGGAAACAACCACUUUGGGCCCAAAAUAAGUGUCCUUAAUAGAGAGGUGUCCGUUAAGAGAGGUUCCACUGUGUUAUUGUGGUUUAGUUUAAAACGUUGUCAAAAGCUGUUGAAGGAUAUGGUUGUCUUGAUUACUGAUACUGCAAACUUGGAUUUUUUUUCUUCUUGAUUUGGGUGGAAAGGUGAAUGUAGGUAGGUCUUGUAAAAGAGGCUUUCUUUUUGCCAAUUGCUUUUGUAAAUAGCCAGUUGUUAUAACUAUAUGCCUUCAGGGAAUGAGUAGUCAAAUUCACCGUGUUUUAAAGCUGUAAGGAUGUCCUUGUUUGCAGUAUUUAUAGUGUUUUCACAUCAUUCUGGCCAAAGGUACUCAGUUAAACUCAGGAAUGUGACCAGAUCACAUUUACCAAAAGAUAGUGUGUAGCACAACACUAGAUUAUCUUCGGGGUAGGCCUAACCAAUGCUCUUUCACAGUGUCAACUAAAGCCAGUCAACUAUGACACCGGCUGCCCAGGGCUUGUGAUGACACUGUAACAGUUAAGUGGCAUUACGUCUGCCAAGUACCUUUGGCCAGAUCUGUAUGAAAAACACUUUCUCACUGAUUAGAACUAGAUGUUGCAUGAUUAGCAGGAGCACUGACCAUUCGAUGUUAGAAAUGAUGCCAUGAAUCUUUUUAUGAUAUGAUAGGAAAAAAACAUGUUACAGCAAUUAUUGUACUCAAGAAUUAGCACAGCACAUAAUAGUUGUUUAUAAGGCGUGAUUGUUUGGUUUAACUGAAUGUAAGUGUAUAGGUUUUUGGCCAUAUUUGAAAUUAGUCAUUUAUUGGCCCCUUCUGGCAAUAUUGUGAUCGAAUUGGUGGAGGGCAAACGUAAUAACCUAAAAAUUCCUUCAUAUAACUCUACCCCCCCCCCCCCUCUGAUGACCAUCUUCAAGUAUUCAUCAUUUAUUAUAGAAGGUCUUUUACAAUCCGUGAAAUAUUUGUAAAAAAUGUGGUGAAGUCUGUACGAUAUCAUUUCAGUGCCAGACUGAACCACUGCUUGCGCCCCCACCUGGCACUAAUUGAUACAUCGCAUGAUGGCAAUACUGAUGUAGCCGUCGUAUCCGCUACAGCGAUACUCAUCAAUAACAACAUCGUACACGCAAAUUACAAAUUACCGUUUCCUUAUGAUCAAAUGGGUUUUCAAUUAAUGUUCAAUAAUUAGAUAUUGGCGGAGAGUGUAGUAAUGUCCGCUAUGUUAUUAGUUAAUCUUGUGGAAUGUUGCGAUAUAAUGGGAGAUUUUUGUACUGUGGAACCCCUCUAGUAAGGACACCCUCAGAACUGACUAGUGCUGUCCUAAAUAGAGAGGCAUUCUGAUAAGAGAGGUCAAAUUGAAUGGAACCACCAAUUUGGGACCAAAACUAGUGUCCUUAAUAGAGAGGUGUCUGCUAAGGGAGGUUCUGGUGUAAUUUGUACAUUGAUGAGUUGUGUAGAGGAAGGUUUGUCGGAUGGUGUUGGGUGUGGUUAAGCCUAUUCGAACCUGAAACUAACCUGUUGUCCGAGAAGUGCAUUAUUCAGUAUUCAACAGUGCUUUAUUAAUCAGACAGAAAUUCCACACUAAAUUAGUGGUCGCACCUGACCAAGGGGGUACAAGGUUAACAUUGACAGCUGCAUUAACCCCCUGAUACGGGUUAAGGUCAAGAGGGAUGUGGGGUCUGCUACUGUUCUGUAAAUGUUUCUUAUCUUUACUGCAUGUAGGGUUUUGUAUUAUAUAAUGCCAGAUCGUCUCGAUUCAGUCAUAUAUAUUUAGAACGCAUUCAUAUCAACCAGAGAAAGUAUUGUUUGUAGAUUUGUAAUAUAUCGAAUAUAUAUGUGCUAUAGUUUGGCCGCUAGAACAGAGGACAGGUGGUCCCUUGUCUGAAGGGUUCUCCUUUCACAAGCAAAGUUACAAAAUCAUUUUCUUCAAAUUUUCAUCUGUGCACUACAAGACUUCAUCUGGACUUGACUUAUCCAUGUUGUAACGUCGUCCGGAUUUUGCCGGGAAAUUCUGUUGUUCAAGAUCUGGUUACAGAUAUGAAAUCCCAAUGAUGUCAGCAGGAUCGUCGAUGAGCACUUAUCAAGUCGAUUUUUGGUGAAGUCUUGUAGUGCACGGAGAAAAAAUUUGAGGACGUUGAUUUUUUUCGAAAUUUGCUUGUGAUUAUAGAAACUUUGGACCGUAUUAAACCAAGCUGUCGAAUCUAUUUGGAUCCAGGUUGUACAUAAUUUGUGCCGAGAAACAGCAUAGAAUAUUUCAAGGAAUGUGCACAUUUUGUAUGAUAAGAUAUAUUAACCCCCCUUUGUUAUUAUGCGCUUUGUAUUCACGUAGUAGAUUCGAGUUGAAUUUGUGUAUCAAACAUCUCGAUUUUAAAAGCCGAGUUUAAAACUAGGCCCAGUAAUGAAAAGCAAUUCAGUUCCAAUUUACUUCCCCUUUAGGUAGAACACCUGUCAUUGGGUCUUCUUUUUGUGCUAAAAUAUGAUUGUCGGACAUGUGACACAAUGGUUAUAGUCGGCACCUGGCAUCGUUAUUGUUGCUCAAGGUGAAUUGGUGCUCGCGAAUCAUCUUGAUAGAUUUGACACAAUUUUUGAUGCACCUUCUUCCAACUUCAGAGGAAUGAAAAAAAAUGAAUACAAAAAUGUGUUAAAAAUUGACUGCUCCCUAAAGUAUUCAGUUAUCAUCCACACCAUCGGUUUUCAUAAGAUGUGUCCCUGGAUCAUGCACUUUUGACCAGUGUUAUUUUGGCCGGUGGUGAUACAAAUCUUGGCUUGUUUCAAUCCCUAAGCACCCUACCAGAGAAUUGCAGUGCUUGAAUUUACGCAGUGGAUUAUUGCAUUCAUGUAUAAUCUACUAGUCUGCAGUCUAUUCUGUAGGACCUGGCCGGUGCUGAAGGAGUCCCAUAACAAUGAAAACCAGAGUGACAUAUAAACACAGUCACUACCUGGUCAUUUUGUGGAGAGAUACUUGAUAUCUUAAUCAUUUUGAAAGUUGUAUCAUUGGUGCAUUUGAGUUACAAUUGUGAAACGCACAGAUAUUUUUAAAGGAGGAUUGAUAAUAUAUUAUGUUAAUUUGCACUCGAACCAAUGAUGGCACUGCACUUGAUUGUAUAUCUCAAUGUUCACCUUUACGUCAGACAUAAUGGUAUUCUAGACGGCAGCAUUUUGUUGUCCCAAACAACUGGACAUGACAGACCUUGACUUUGGCGUAUAUCGUUAAUGCUAGUGUCCCCAUAACAGAAAAGUAGCUUUGCAUCCAUGCUAGUCAUUUCACCAAAGGAGAGACAGACUUGCCUUAAUUAUGGACAGUUCUGAGGUAUGAGAAUUAGGUCAAGUAGACACUCGAAUCAUCGCCAUAAGUGAUUGCGUUAUGGUCACACAUGUAAACCACUCGUUACAUUACCAUUUGCCACUGCUCUGAAUCAUUUUGUACAUCUCUGUAUCUAGAUUGUAUCAUUACAUGACUUUUCUGUCCACCUUUCAUUGCUGUAUUGGUUUAUGAAUAAAUAUCUGCAUCUUUUGAA